AUGUUGGUUGUAUUUAGGAAAUAUAAAAUAAAGACGAUUUUGUCAGAGAAAGCCCGGAGAAGCGGAGCACACAACAACCACUCCGAAUACAAGUCCCUAACAUCUUGCUUCUGUCAACGCGUUGAACCCAAACGAUGAACAACACAAAAGCCGCACUGCGACCGUGCAGGUCAGCGAGCAGACGACUGCCCAUCAUCGCCGGGCCAUCAUGUCGUCGUCUGUAUGCGACCGCGAGUCCGAAAGAGGAGAACACAACCCAUUUUGGGUUUAGAACUGUCGAGACGAGCGAGAAGGAGCCAAUGGUCCAGUCUGUGUUCUCUAACGUUGCAUCGCGUUACGACCUCAUGAACGACGCGAUGUCUCUCUACACCCACCGGUUGUGGAAAGACGACUUCGUACGGCACUCGCUUGACCCCGGCAGGCGCGGACCACUGAACGUCCUCGACGUUGCCGGUGGGACGGGGGACAUCGCCCUCCGUAUCCUAGACCACGCACGUGAAAAAUAUGCGGAUAGGGAGACGACGGUCACUAUGGUAGACUUGAACCCGGAGAUGCUGCAAGAGGGCCGGACGAGGUUCAAGAAGACCAUGUAUCAUAACACCCCCCAAAUCGACUUCGUGGUAGCGAACGCCCAGGAGCUGCCGGAGGAUACCUUCCCCUCUGACUCGGCAGACCUGUACACAAUCGCAUUCGGGAUCAGGAACUGCACCUCAAUCCCCGACGUGCUCAAGUCAGCGUACCGUGUGCUCAAGCCAGGGGGAGUGUUUGCCUGCCUGGAAUUCUCCAUACCUAUCAACCCCCUAUUCCGGCGGGUAUACGAUGACUAUUCAUUCUCUAUCAUCCCCCUGCUUGGCACCAUCCUCGCCGGAGACCGGGAAAGCUAUCAGUACCUCGUCGAGUCUAUUCGGAAGUUUCCCACCCAACCCGAGUUUGCGCAGAUGAUUCGAGACGCAGGGUUCACUACUGGGGAGGAUAAGGACGGCAAGGGUGGAGCAUGGAGAGGUCUGUUUGGGGGCAUCGCGAGCAUACAUACGGGCGUUAAAGUCUAGCCUGAGUGUGGUGAAAUGCGGUGUGGAUACCAAUAUUGACACCUCUCCGUAAUCAAUGAAAGCUGAAUAUCUC